GUUGUCCGUAUAGUCAAAUGACGAGCAGUCUCGAAGAAUCAUCGGCAAAAGGAAGGUCUUCGGUCGCCGCUUCCAACUGACUGACGAAUAGGCGGCUACAACCCCUGGAGAUCGAUUCCGAGAACGGUCAAACGUUGAAAAAUAAAACCCCGCAUCUUUUGACAGAAGGCAGUUCCGACUACGAACCAUACGGCGAGUGUCGAAGACGGUUACGAAAAGUCGGAGCGACAGCGCCGGGUAGAUCGACGUUGCAACGAACGGACGUACAUCGAGAGAAAGAACUUUCUUCGACCGCGUGCGGUGGCAAGGAGUAAACGAUCGGCCACGCGCAACCAUCGAGCAGCCUGGUACCUCUGCUUCGGUCAGUUCCUCGUGUUUAUGGAGUCGGUGAAAGCAGCGAUCGGAUAUUAAAAUCUUUACUUCGGUCUUCGUUGUGUGAUAUCGGUUCACCAGAUAUAACGUAGAGAAUUUUAGCGUGCGUAUUUAAGACGAGGUUCGGACGAGCUUUCGAAUAACCGAGUGAAUAAAUCAGACAGAAAGGGAAACUAAUUAUAAUGCAAGUGGUGCUGACUGCAGGGCUAUCUUCUCGCGACUUGGAGUGUUCAGUGUGUCUUGUCAGUGGAAGACCGUCUCACCGAGUCUUCUCGUUUUAAACUUAAUUCAUCGUCGGGUCUUCAACCGUAUUCGUCAUUUUUAUUCGUCUCUUAUAGUUAUUAAGUUAAAUAAUGAUGACACAUUCAAUUGGAAUCAAAGCGCUGCUUUUGCACCUCGUAAUACUGUCGAGUGUAACAGGAUUUAUAGUGGGGUUGAACGGGGCUUCUCCGUCUCAAGAUUACGUCAAUUCAGAGCAAACUGGUAGGAAUCGAUCGUCCAGAUUCUUGUUUGACUACUUCUUUGGCAUCGAUAGAGCAGAAUUGGAUGACGACGACGACGAAAGGCUCAGGAACUGCACGUGUGAGUGCGGCAUAUCGAAUCAGGAAAACCGAAUCGUGGGUGGCAGGCCAACCGGACCAAACAAGUAUCCGUGGCUGGCACGUCUCGUCUACGAUGGACAGUUUCAUUGCGGUGCGAGUCUCUUGACAAACGACUACUGCCUCACAGCUGCCCAUUGUGUUCGCAACCUCAAGAAAUCGAAGAUGCGGGUCGUCCUGGGCGACUAUGACCAGCACGUUACCACGGACGGGAUUGCGAUAAUGAGGGCAGUAAGUGCGAUCAUACGUCACAGGAAUUUCGACACUAAUUCUUACAACCACGACGUAGCUCUGUUGAAGCUACGGCGUCCCGUAAAAUUUUCAAAAACUAUUCGGCCGAUAUGCUUGCCACAGUCAGGUUCGGAUCCGGCGGGCAAACAGGGGACGGUAGUGGGCUGGGGUCGCACUUCGGAGGGUGGAACGCUUCCCAGUCAAGCCAACGAAGUUCAAGUUCCGAUACUGAGUCUCACUCAGUGCCGGCAAAUGAAAUACAGAGCGAAUCGUAUAACGAACAACAUGCUCUGCGCUGGUCGUGGCUCGCAAGAUUCUUGCCAAGGCGACAGUGGGGGUCCUCUUCUCGUUCAGAACGGCGAAAAAUUUGAGAUAGUUGGAAUCGUUUCGUGGGGUGUGGGAUGCGGUCGGCCCGGAUAUCCUGGAGUUUACACGAGAGUAGCCAGAUAUCUGAACUGGAUUAAUACCAACGUGAAAACAGCGUGCCUUUGUGCGGGGUAGUGACAGUGAAAACAAAAAAAAAAAAAGUUAGAUGUAAAAAAGUUUUCGUUUUAUUUUUUUCGCAGUUGGGAGACUAACUUGAGUGAAUUGUAUUUUUUUAAUUUAUAAACAAAAGCGGGCAGCGAACCGGGUGUGAUGUGUUUAAUUGUAAGAUUAUUCUCUACAAAUCCAGUUACUAAAUGUGAUAUUUUUACGACUAUACAUGGCAACGGGGGCGAAACUCCCAUCGAGGGAAGUUUGUAAAUACAUAGAACAUGAAUUUAGCAAUGCUAACAAUAAGCUUAACUAGUAUACCGUACGUCAUAUACAGGCUGAUGAAUCAGCGACUACGGUAAUAUUUAGGAUUACAUCAAAUUUACAAAUAUCGUUCAAGACUCCUCAAUCCAAGUAUUGCCGCGCAAUGCUUCGGUUGAUUGGGAAUUUGAUAUAUCGGAAUGAUUCGGGUAUUUACCAUUCGAACUCCGGUCAAGCAAACGUUUGUUACCGUUUCAUUGUUAUUUAUAAUAGAGAACGAAUUUUAGAUCGUAAAUGAAAUAUGGGUAACGCUUUACUGUAGUUUAGAAAAAUAUCUUUAGUGAAAACCGAUCAGGAUCAGUGCUUAUGAAGCGAUUCGGUUGUUUGCAGUGUGUGAAAUAAAAAUGAAGAAAAUGAAAAAAAAAA